AUGGCAACACUUAAUGUAACAUAUCCUUCUUUCACAUUCACUACACCAAGAAAACAGAUCAAAUUCCCUUCAGCUCAACCAUCACAUUCCUGGUUAAGAACUUCUAGCAGCAGAUUAUCCAGCAUUGUCCAAGCUUUCAAGGUACAAGUUGAACAUGAAGGUAAAACAACUGAACUAGAGGUUGAGCCGGACGAGACAAUUCUAUCCAAGGCAUUGGACAGUGACUUGCAAGUGCCAUAUGACUGCAAGUUAGGUGUGUGCAUGACAUGCCCGGCUCGACUCCUCAGCGGAAUGGUCGAUCAAAGUGAAGGGAUGCUGAGUGAUGAUGUUGUGGAGAGGGGUUAUGCUUUACUCUGUGUAUCUUAUCCAAGAUCAGAUUGUCACAUUAGAAUCAUACCUGAGGAAGAAUUGCUCUCUCUGCAGCUAGCUACUGCCAAUGACUAA